UCAGCUGAUUGCUCGUGCUUUAAAGAUGACGUGUCGGUGUCGCACGCGUCGCUUCAUAGAAAACCUCCGUAAUAAAUUAAUCUAAAGAGAGUGUUUGCCAAAUUUUUAUAAUCGCAAAACAAGAAAAUUAUUUUUUAUAAUCUAGAUUGAUAAAAAUUUUUUAUUCUUCGGGAUACGUACGUUAUGAAAGGAGCCGUUAAAUUACGUGACAUGUUGGAGAAAAACGUAUCUUGCUGACGUUUGCCACCUGUCUCAAUGAUUCGGCCAAUAUUAUACUAGAUUAUUAUUAUCAUAGAUCAUAGUUAGUAGUCAAGAAAAUCAUGGAUAUCGAAACGGAAAAUGUGAUAAAUCUAAUAUUUCCGGAAGGUAUUCCAGACUCUUGGAAGGAAAAUCCCAAUUUUUAUCAGUAUCUGUCAAAACUUGGAGGCUUCGAUGUAGAUCAGCUAAGUAAAGAACCUGAUCAUUUGUCCGAUGAGAAAAACGCAGUACUUCAGACUACACAGAAAUUGGUAUUUGCAAACUACAAAACUUUUAUUCAGACAGCAGAAAGCUCACGAGAGAUACUCAAUCAUUUCAAUGAGACCGAAGAUCGUCUUGACAAGCUUGUACAAAAGAUCCCAGAAUUUGUAGGAAAAUGUCAAUCGUUUUGCGAUACCUCAAAAGAUAUUAACGCGCAUCGAAGAUUAAAUAGCUUAACGCUAACGCGAAAUGCAGAGUUACUCGAAAUUCUCGAGAUGCCCCAAUUGAUGGAAUCGUGUUUGAGAAGCAACCAAUAUAACGAAGCAUUGGAAUUGUCUCAAUACGCUCGUCAAUUAGGAAUGAAACAUGGAGAUAUUCCUAUUAUCUCGUCUAUAGUGGCAGAGAUCGAAAGCAGCUGGUCGGGUAUGGUAGGACAGGUAGUUGGCUCUCUGAGAGGAGACCUACCACUUCCGAGAUGUCUUCAGCUUGUAGGUCUGUUGCGAUCUAUGGACGCGUUUACAGAAUCGGAACUUCGUAUUAAAUUCCUUCAAGCGAGAGACAGCUGGCUUCAGGGCCUGUUGAAUGCAAUACCGAAGGAAGACCCUAAUCUUCACAUGGCCAAAACGAUAGAAUUAUCCAGGAUACACUUGUUCAAUAUAAUAACUCAGUACAAAGCCAUGUUUAACGACGAUGAAUUAGUAAUUCCCGGUCGUGACUUGACGCUAAAUGAAUCCGCGAUAUUUUAUCAUUGGUUGGAGGAAAAGAUAUCGCAAUUUCUUACUACGCUAGAGCAGGACUUACCGGGUGUAACGUCUAUAGAUACCAUUUUGGGUCAGUGUACGUAUUUUGGAUUAUCGUUUGGUCGAGUCGGCGUCGAUUUUACUGGCCGAAUGUCGGAUAUAUUUGUACGAAUUAUCGGUGAAAGGUUUGAGCGGAACGUUCGUCGAACAACUAGAAAGUUUGAGAAAGAUAUGGAAACAUUUACGUUGAUUAACAAGACUCAACGACUCGAUAUAAAAAUGGAGACUUCCGUUAAUUCUGAAAAUCCGCCUGAACAACUGAUAGAAUUUUAUCCUCUGGCUGAAUACUGCAACGGGAUAAUAACAGCGUUCAAUGAAUUGAGACUCUGUGCACCAGUGGCACUCUCCGUUUUAUGCACAAACGUACUACAAGAGUCGUUGCAUAAUGUGGCGAGAGCUAUGUUGGUGUUUUACAAGCAAGAACAGCAAGCAUUUGCUGCCACGGAACGGGAAAACAUGAUUAAGUUCACGGAAUGUUUGAGCGAACACGUAAUACCUUAUAUACAGUAUUGCAUACACGCGAUUUUUCCGCCUAGCCAAAUUGCAACGCAUCUAGGAAUAUCAGUCGGUGUGCUGCAGAAAGAGGAGAUGACGUAUUUAAAUAAGCGAAGCAUAGUAGAACCUGUGGCUGUACUAUUACCUAUUAAAAAAGAUUCUUCGGCUUCUAAAUUAUCUACGUCUAACGUACAGCUAGUAACGUCGCAUAAUGCAAAGAAUCCUUCCAUCGCAAAGUCCCUGCCAACGGAACGUAUGGAUUCAAACUUAAAGAAGACUACUGUAAUAGAAAGGAAAGAAUCAGAAGAAAACGAACGUACCGAACAAGGAACAGUACAGAAGAGCGAUGUACAAAAUUUGCAGAAUUUCACCGAUGAUAUAAAAAGUAUCGUGUAAUGAAUCUGAUAUAAAGAGCAAAGUAUUUAAUUUAAAA